CAUAAACCCCAUUUGGGUUUUGUUUGUCCUCUCAACAGUUUCUAAAGUGCGCCAUGGUGCGUCCGAAGAAGCGUUCGAUCACCACAUCAACGGCGGCGAAGCCAGAGCUCCGGCGGCCGACCACCGCCGAGAGGUCGGCGUAUUUCGCCCGGAGAGAGGCGGCGAAGGUUCUUCGGGCCGUUCUGAAUGGAGAUUCCAAUCGCAGAGCCGUUGGCUCCAUUAAAUCGCUUGUUUAUAGCCCUUCAAUCAGGAACAAGAAAGGCACUUUCGCUCUAGUUUGUCAAACCCUAAAGCAUCUACCAAUAAUCAAGGAUAUUUUGGAUUCUGCUAGUAUACUGAAUGGCAAGUGGAAGAGGCAAGGGGAAUUGAUGUACAUAAUCACAUACGAUAUUCUUUUUGGCCAGGCAGCCUCAUUAGUUGGUGAUGCAGAAAAGUUUCUCUUGCUCCGGAAAGAUGCUCUUCAGUCAGGUCUAGCUCAGCAUUUAGUGAGGAAGGGUGUGAAGAACAUCAAAGACUUGAUGGCUCUUCAGCAAAUUUCCGAUAUUUCAAAACCUCGUUAUGUUCGUGUAAAUACGCUGAAGUUCGAUUUGGAGUCAGCCUUGCAUGAAUUGGGGAAACAAAACACGUUAAUUUCUGCCAAAUAUGUGGUUCACAAGGAUGACAUGGUUCCUGAUUUGUUGCUACUCCCUCAUGCUGUCGACUUGCACAAUCAUCCAUUGGUUAGAAAUGGAAGUGUCUUUAUGCAAGGUAAGGCAAGUUCCAUGACUGCUGUAGCUCUUCAGCCUGAACCAGGAUGGGAGGUUCUGGAUGCAUGCGCAGCACCAGGGAACAAAACUGUACACCUUGCUGCUCUUAUGAGAGGAAAGGGUAAAAUUAUAGCUUGUGAACUUAACCAGGAAAGGAUUCAACGUUUGAAUGACACUGUCAAAUUGGCUGGUGCUGUUAAUGUGGACGUUCUACAUGAAGACUUCUUGAACUUGAACCCAAAAGAUCCUUCAUACUCAAAGGUUCGUGCUAUUCUCUUAGAUCCUUCAUGCUCUGGAUCUGGCACUGCUGCUGUUAGAUUAGAUCACCUGCUCCCUUCACAUGGUGCAGGAAAUGCUGAUGUUGCUAACAUUGAUCGGCUGAGAAAACUGCAAGCUUUCCAGAAAAAGGCUCUGGCACAUGCAUUAUCUUUUCCAGCAGUUGAGAGAGUUGUUUACAGCACAUGCUCCAUACACCAAAUUGAGAAUGAAGAUGUUAUCAAGGCCAUUCUACCGCUUGCUAAGUCUCUCGGUUUUCAAUUGGCAACUCCGUUUCCCAAGUGGCCUCGCCGUGGUCUCCCAGUUCUGGAAGGAUCUGAACAUUUGCUUCGGUUUGAUCCGGAUGAGGACAAAGAAGGAUUCUUCAUUUCACUAUUUGUUAGGAAGAGCAUCAUCGGCAAUGAUGCUGAAAUGCCGGUAAGACCUGGCAGAAGAAGAAUCACUUCGGAAGCGCUUUGUGCAGAGAAAUGCUGCUGUAGGGAGAAGAAACCUACAAACAAGUACGGGUUCGCAAUGUUCCUUCCCUCUCCCUUCAUUAAAAUGUCCAAAAUUUGGUUGCAUCCUCCACUUCGUGUUCAAAAAAAAGAUCGAUGCAAUCAAAUCCAAUAGAAUUUAUUUUUUGUGAUAAAAAUCUAAGCUGGGCUUACUUUUUAUUUUAUUUUUUUCUGCAACAAAAUAGUUACUCUUGGAUCUUUCUAAUCAAUACAUUCCUUAGCCAUUUCCUUUUACUGCGA